AUGGGUCAAGUGGUGGAAUUCCUUAUUGUGAAUGGUAACGGAGCAAAAGAAGGGAAUUGGCCAUGGCACACUGCAAUCUUUCACAACAUUGGUCGUACCUUCGUUUACCAGUGUGGAGGAACAAUUCUGGAUCAGAACACAGUUUUGACGGCGGCACAUUGUGUGAUGACACCAAAUGGAAUUAUUGCACGAAGACGGCUCAGAGUACAAGUUGGAAGACAUCAACUCAGCGUAACUAGCAAACGUGUACAGGAACACGAAGCCUUCGAGAUGAUCGUACAUCCGGAAUACAACGUUAACGGUAUCCGCCACGAUAUUGCUCUGAUUAUGCUCGCUACCGACAUUACCUACACCGAUUAUGUACAACCGAUUUGCUUGUGGAAUCGAGGCGAAGAUCAGAAUGCGAUCGUUGGCACUUGGGGUACCGUGAUCGGAUACGGUGUUGAUGAGACCGAUAAUGUGUCCGACACAUUGCGUGAAGCCAGCAUUCCCGUCGUUAGCCAUAUUACCUGUAUCGAAAGCAACAGAGCGUUGUUUGGCUCACAACUUACCUCAGAUAUGUUAUGCGCUGGCAAUCGUGAUGGAAUCAGUGCAUGCAACGGCGAUAGUGGAGGUGGUUUAUUCUUCAGCUACAAUGGAACCUGGUUUAUUCGGGGCAUUGUGUCUUUCACGAAACCUCGUCAAUAUGGGAAGAUUUGCGACACGAAGGAAUACACCGUGUUUACCGAUGUAGCGAAGUACCUGAAAUGGAUCGAACAACAAAUAAGUGGAACGGUUGACCAACCGAUUGUGGCAGGGAUUGAAAAUAGUCAUAAAAUCAGUUUGCUACCAACGUCAACCUGUGGUCCCAAUCCAUUAUCCGUACGGUUGGGAGUACACGAUAGGUACAACACGACGUACUGUGAACAGAUGGAUGGACAAAUGCUAAUCCGCGGCUAA